GGGCACAAAACCAGAGAAGCAGUCCAGCAGUGGAAGCAGAAAAAGAGGGCGGCCCUUCGAGGAAUUGAGAGCCCCCCUUCUUUCUGACACAAGUCUUCAGCUACUCGUUCGUCCAGACGAACGCACCUGCAGCAGGACGACGAAAAAAGACGCCGAGCCAUGGUGAAAAUCAGCUUCCAGUCCGUCGCGGGACAGAAAGUGGAAAAGGAGAACGAUGGCGACAAAACUGAAAUUCUCAUCCCUCAUCCGGUGGAUGAAGAGGAGCUGGUUCUGCCUCUGCGCCCUAAGAAAUCUCCCCUUAAUGGCCUUUGCUGCCUGACAUUUGGCCUGGUGGUGUUCAUGGCUGGCCUGGUCCUGGCUUCCAUCUAUGUCUACCGCUACUACUUUAUACCUCAUAUCCCAGAAGAGAAUCUGUUUCACUGCAGGGUGCUUUAUGAGGAUUCCGAGUAUGCGCCGCUGCGGGGGCGCCAGGAGCUAGAGGAAAACGUUGGGAUCUACCUGGCCGACAACUACGAGAAGAUCACUGUGCCUGGACUGACUGCUUACCAUGACAUUGCUCUCGACAAGUGCUAUGUUAUUGAGCUCAACACUACCAUUGUGAUGCCUCCAAGGAACCUUUGGGAGCUUCUCAUCAAUGUAAAGAAGGGAACAUACCUCCCUCAGACUUACAUCAUCCAUGAGGAGAUGGUGGUGACUGGAAAAGUGCACAACAUGCGCCAGCUGGGACCGUUUAUCUACCGCCUGUGCAACGGGAAGGACACGUACCGUCUGAACCGGCGUCUCACCCGCCGGCGCAUCAACAAGCGAGAGGCGAAGGACUGCCACCACAUCCGUCACUUUGAGAAUACAUUUGUGGUGGAGACGAUGAUCUGCGAUGAAGCGUAGAAUCAUUAGAGGAACCACCCAAACUUAAAAGCACAUCUCCAGUCACUACCCCAGCACCUGUAGCAACCUCCUGUGGAUCUGCUCAUAUCUGAAUUGCACUUUACUUGUGAUUUUUUUUUUUUUUCCAGUGUUUCUCUCGGCUCGUUUUAUGUUUUUACCUGAAAGGGUGAUGCAAUACUACUUAGUUGGUUCUAUCACAGGAUUUUCCAUGUAGCAAAUCCUUAAUUCAAUAAUAAAGGAUAAUUUCAACAUCUAUCUGCUUUCUCUUUGGGGAUUUGUGUGAUGGUUACUGUCUCUAUGUGUUGUCAAGGUGACUGCUUUGCUUUUUCAGAGACCCCAGAGAGAGGUUCAUUGUGUUUUCUUAGUUGUACCAACAGCCAUCUGUGCAAAGCAUGAGGUCAUUUCUGAACAAGCAUUUGUAUAUAUCCUCUGUUUAGUUGCUUGUUUGUAUAUUGCCUGCUUUCUGCAUAAUGCAUCUUCCUUUUUGCUUUUCAUCUGCUAAAAAGGACAGUCACAAAACAGCAUCUGAGCUUAGACUUUUUUUUUUUUUCAAUCAUCGCACCACAGGAAGACAUGGAUUCUUUGUGUCCGUCUUUAGUAUCUCUCCCCAUCGCCACAUGACAUGUAUUAAUAUGACAUAGUUGAAAACAAUUAUCUUUAUUUUUCCUUUGCAUGUGUUCAGCUAUGAGCGGAAAUGGCACUCUUAGGAUGUUUUGUUUAAAGGUUUAAAGCCUUAGUCCAGAGUCAGAGACUGGACUAAAGUAAAAAAAAAAAAUGGAAAGGAACAUAUUUAUCUUACACGUUUGCUGAAGAAAACCAACUUUGAGCUGUAUAUUUUGUCUGCAAAUUAAUUCUGUCUGUGAAUAAAGUAAAAAAAUCUAAGAAUC